AUGGGUCAAAAAUCACAAGAUGUAAUUCGGAAGUUAUGUCCGGAUACAGAUUCAUCCGGAAACCUAAGUCCAAGUUUGAUCGACUUGCCUCUCCAAAGCCGUCACUUCACUUGGAAGAAUAGGAAUUCGAAAUCAAAGCUGGACAGAUGCUUCACUUCGUCUUCUUUUCUAGCUACAUGGCAGAAUUCGGCAUUGCAAGCUCUUCCUAGAUCACACUCGGAUCACACUCCAAUUAUCUUUAAAUCUGAGGUGGUUUCAGAUUGGGGGCCUAAGCCGUUUAAGUCGAUUAACGCUUGGUGGGAACAUCAUGAUUUUCCUUCUUUUAUCUCCACGUCUUGGAAUAAUAUUUCAAAUAAGUUUCCUAUUGCUGAUUUGGUUGUGAAACUUAGAGAGUUGCAUCUCAGAAUUAAAGUGUGGAACAAGGAAGUUUUUGGCGACUUGAAUUUGCGUCUAUCAAAUGUGGAACAGGCAAUUCACGAGUUAGAUGUUUCUUCGGAUUUUAAUGAUCUCACAGAUUUGGAUUUAUCUCGGUUGGCAAUUCUUCGUGCGGAGAAUGAUCUUAUUUCUAAACAGCUGGAGUCGUUAUGGCAUCAAAAAUCUCGCCUUAAGUGGAAUCUUUCGGGAGAUAGAAAUGCAAAUUUUUUCCACACGACGGCAUCGGUCCAUUCAAAGAUCAACCACAUCUCUGAACUCUCAAUUAAUGGCACUCAAUUCUCAACUGUUUCGGCAAUAAAAGAUCAGGUUCAUGUCUUCUAUAAACUGCUGUAUAAACGCCCCUUUUAUAUUGAGUUUUCUCUUGAUUUCCUGUCGGUGCUCACCUUGUCUGAUCAACAAGCUGAUUCGUUGGUGACUGGGUUCUCUAAGGAGGAGCCAGAUAUUUUGUCUUUGUUCAAGCAAUUUCAGCAGACGGGAGAAAUCCCUAAAGGUAUCAAUACGGCUUUUUUGGUGCUUAUUCCAAAGUUCAGUGGAGCUUCGUAUCUUUCUGACUUCAGACCUAUUAGUCUUAUCAAUGGAGUUCUUAAGCUGCUUAGCAAAGUUUUGGCGAAUCGUUUAUCUCCUCUGAUGCCAGUCAUAAUCUCUGCAAACCAGUUUGGGUUUAUUAAGGGCCGUAAUAUUCACGAUUGCCAUAUGAUAGCUUCAGAGAUUCUCCACUUAGCUAAUCGCCGCAGGGACCAACUUUUUCUUAUUAAGAUGGAUUUCAAGACAGCUUUUGAUAGCAUUUCUUGGAAUUUUAUUCUUAAGAUCAUGGCCAGAAUGAAUUUCCCUAAGACUUGGAUUGACUGGAUUUCUUCGCUCUUCCUCUCUUCUCAACUUUCGGUUUUAGUGAAUGGCUCUCCGACUCAAAACUUUUUUAUGGGCAAAGGUGUCAGACAAGGAGAUCUUUUAUCUCCUAUGUUGUUUGUUUUAGCGGCAGAGGGUCUUAAAGCAAUGAUUGAUAAAGCUAUCUCUCUAGCUUUACUUGAUGGUGUUCACAUUGAUGGAUACUCAGAGCCGGCUUCUAUUCUCCAAUUUGCGGAUGACACAUUGAUUUUUGUUCCUAAAGAUUUAAGUAUGAUUGAAAAUCUUCUCCGGAUACUUCGUUGUUUUGAAUUAGUCUCUGGUCUUCAGAUUAAUUUCAAAAAGAGCUCCAUUCUAGGGGUUAACGUUGAUGAAACUUCUUUACAAUCGGCAGCCUGCAUCCUGAAUUGUCCUAUCGACAGUUUUCCAAUCAUGUAUCUCGGCUUGCCCCUUGCUUUGAGACCGGUUAAAGCAGCUUUAUGGAAGCCCGUAGUCUCCAAUUUCAAUGCCCAGCUAGCUUCUUGGAAGGGUAAUUUGCUUUCCCCUGCUGGCCGUUUGAUUCUCGUCAAGUCAGUUUCGAGCAGUCUCCCGGUUUACUAUAUGUGUUCUUUUUAUAUUCCUAGAUCAGUCAUGGUUUUGCUUGAUAGAUGCAUGAAAAGAUUCUUGUGGUGUGGAUCUUCUGAUGGCAAAGGUUUAUGCAAAGUAUCUUGGUCUAAGGAGAGGAAUUAUUCUUCUCUUUCCCAUUCUUGGAGAGGAAUUUUUAAGGCUUGCGUAAAGGAUUCUUCUCAAUGGGACAGCUUCUCAUCUGCAGUUAUUUUCAGAGUCGGAAGUGGAGAAACGAUUAAGUUCUGGGACGACAUGUGGUUGGGGAAUCAAUGCCUGAAGGAUCGGUUUCCUUUCCUGUAUAGAAACGGCAGAUAUAAACAGCACAGGGUGACGGAUUUUCUGGGUUCUAGAGCUGCUGUCUUCCCGCCUUCGUCUUGGAACCGGCGUCUGCGUGUCGGUGAACAGGAAGAGCUGAAUUCGCUGCUUCUGGACCUCCAGUCAGUUACGAUUUCGGCAGCAAGAGAUGAAGCUGCCUGGCAAAAAUAUGGGACGGUUUUUACGGUGAAAUCAAUGUCAACUAAGCUUCAGGAAGCUAUGGGAAGCUUGGGUCCGCAGAUUAACAGAGGUAUUUUUAUUCCUUCUAUUUGGAAUCAGAAAAUUCCUCCGUGA